AUGGAAAAGCAAUUUGGUCAAAAUAUUAAUCGUAGCAGAAAAGAAAUUCGAGCCAUCUUGUCAGCUCGAAAUCGUUCAUCACCCAGAGAAUUGCGUGAGUAUAUCACGUUGCUAACCACUUCAAUGUAUCGCUAUUGUGCACAUCUUCUACGCAACAAUCAAGCUCAUGCAUUGCGCGAAGAAAUGAUGCAGGCAGGAUGCUAA